AUGUCUAACCCACAAGAAAAUCUUGGAACUCCUCCACCACCAUCUCCCUCAAAUUCAUACUCAUCUACUCCACCCAGUGUAUCCCCAAAACCUAGACUACAAAGGGUAAAAAUGCUUGCUCGAAAGACUGUAGCAUUUGGGGCUCUGAGGAAGGCUUUAAAUGAAAGGUUGAAAGCAAGCCAAGUGAAAGAAAGCCAAGCUCCAAAUUUCGACUCCAUCUCUAAGUCGGAAUCCUAUCAAUCCACAACUGAGGGGGAAGGACAUGGGUCUUCUGACUCUGAAAAGAUUCAAGAAUCUCCUUCUGAGGUAAGUUCAUCUGUGAUUGAAAACCUAGAGACUAGGUUUGUUCUGGUUGGACCAAUUAGAGAUGUUGAAGUGCCUGAGAAACGUAGGAGUGGAGAAAGGGUAGAAGAGAGUGGCAUGAAGUCAAGUGGAAGUGGUUCUGGGGAAGCUGCUGAGGAGUUGGUUUAUCUGAGCACACGGAGAGAUGAACCUGUUUCAUCCACUGAAAAGACCCUAGCCGAUCUACUGAAAAAGGUUGGGGCAAGCUAUGACCCAAAGAAACGCAGAACUCCCACAACAAAAGCCCCAAAUAUUCCUAAGCCUUCCAAGAAAAUAAAGGCUUCACCUCCAACACCUACUGCCUCCUCAUUGUCAAGGGAAGAAGAAAAUGAUUUUGAGAAGGAACAGGACAAGCUUGCCAUUUUUGGCAGAAGAAAGAUUUUAAAGGGCGGACUGUUGAAGGACCUAGUAGAACCAGGAGUGAUGAGAUUGGUGGAUGCUUUAGCUGCUCAGGGAUGGAAGGACAUGGUCCUUCAGAUGGAUGGUAGGCUAGCCAGAAAUGAGCUGAUUGAAUUUAUGGCCAAUGUUGCUUUUAAGGAUGGAGUUGUUAGUAGUCUGGUGAAAGGAGUUCAACUACAGCUUGAUGCAGAGAAACUGGGAGAGAUCCUGGACAUACCCUCUGAAGGGUUUGAUGACUAUACAAGGCAAAGGUGGCUAUGCCUGGACUCCCUCCCUACUUCCCUUGAAAUCACCAAGAGGUUUAGUGAUUCAAAAGAGAUGACUGAAGUCAGGGCUGUGCAGAAAAGUGAAAUGAGGCCUGAGCACAAGGUUGUGUUUGAAUUUCUCAACAAGUGCUUAUUGCCCAGACAGGAGAGAAGGCACACUGCUAACUACAUGGAUCUAGUUCUUAUGGAGUGCCUGGAGAGAGGAAAGCAAAUCAAUUGGCCUGCCUUCAUUAUCAAACUGCUAGACAGGGUAAUAAAUGGCUCUAAAGCUCAUGUUACUCCAUAUGGCUUCAUUCUGACCACAGUUCUAGACAGGCUAAAUGUGCCUCUAAAAUGGGAAAUGGCUUCGAGCAAGGAACACUUUGGCAUCAAAACUCUUCUUGCCUAUGACUAUUCAGUCAAUGCCAUCCCCAUUGAACCCGGUUCAUCCCAGAAGACACCCAUCAACAGCAAAGUUAGGACUCUGGUUCAGGAAUGUGCAGCCAAGGAUGCUGAAAUUGCUCAGCUCAAGGCUCGUGUGGUUGAAGUGAAAACUGAAAAGGAUGGUCUCAGAACUCAGCUUGCCAAAAAAGGAGAAGAAUGA